CUUUCAAAAGAGAGAAGCUGAGGGACAGACGUCAGGCCCUGAUUUCAAGACCCAGGACAAGCAAAAACAAAAUUACAACAAUUUCCCCCCUUUAUUUCUGAGUGGACUACGGUACCACCUUAUAAUUGAAACUUCAAGCUCCAAGAUUAACACACAGGAAGAGAGAGAGAGAGAGAGAGAGAGAGAGGAGAGAAAGGAAGGAAGGAAGGAAGGAAGGAAGGAAGGAAGGAAGGAAGGAAAGAAAGAAGGAAGAAAGGAGUUAUUUGUACAUAGCCCUUAGCCAUUUUCUGACACAGCCCCUCAAGGGGCUUCUUCCCUUGCUUCCCCCCAAGUUUCCCCUGAAGAGAGGCUUCAACUGACAAAAGGCAACCAGACAUGGAAGGGGGCAGCAAUGGCUCCUCAGAGAGCUUCAUUCUGCUGGGUAUAUCUGACCACCCCCGGCUGGAGAAGAUCUUUUUCAUAGUCAUCCUCUCCUCUUACUUGCUGACUCUCAUGGGGAACUCAACCAUCAUCCUGCUGUCCCGCCUUGAUGCUCGACUCCACACACCCAUGUACUUCUUCCUCAGUAACCUCUCCUCUCUAGACCUUGCAUUUACCACCAGCUCAGUCCCCCAAAUGCUGAUCAAUUUAUGGGGGCCAGACAAGACUAUCACCUAUGGUGGCUGUGUGACACAACUCUAUGUGUUCCUUUGGUUGGGGACAACUGAGUGCAUCCUGCUCGUGGUGAUGUCAUUUGACCGCUAUGUGGCAAUCUGUCGGCCUCUGCACUAUCUGACAAUCAUGAGUCCUUGGCUGUGCUGGCUUCUGGCUGCCUUUUGCUGGUUGGGAGGCUUGGGCAACUCUGUGACACAGUCAACACUCACUCUACAGCUUCCAUUUUGUGGGCAUCGGAGGGUGGAUGGCUUUCUGUGUGAGGUGCCUGCUAUGAUGAAACUGGCCUGUGGAGAUACAAGUCUCUAUGAGGCUGUGCUCAAUAGUGUCUCUACCUUCUUCACAGUCGUCCCACUGAGCAUCAUCCUCAUCUCCUACUGCUUCAUUACUCAGGCAGUGCUGAAGAUCGGCUCCGCUGAGGGACAGGGGAAAGCCUUCAAGACAUGCCUCUCCCAUUUGGUGGUCGUGUUCCUCUUCUAUGGCUCAGCCAUCUAUGGUUAUCUGCUUCCAGCUAAGAGCAGCAGCCAGGAUCAGGGCAAAUUCAUUUCCCUCUUCUACACUGUGAUUACCCCCAUGGUAAAUCCUCUCAUCUACACCUUACGAAACAAGGAGGUGAAGGGAGCACUGAGAAGGCUGCUGGGGAGAGGAAGAGAAUCUGGCUGAGAGAAGAAGUGACUCCUUUCUGUUUUCUUGCCUCAUUAUCUCUCCCUUCGUUUUCUCAAUUUCUCUGGCCAGAUGAACAAGUGUAGUACCAACCAUGGUAAGAGCAAGGCUUGUUCAUGAUAGUUCUGAACUGUUGGGAGAUAGCUAGUGUUAUUGAAACGAUUCUAUAUUUAUUUACAGAAAUCUUACUAUGGACUUCAGGUGAAGAGGAACGAUAGGGGCUGCGAAGGUGGCUUAGUGGCAGAGUGCUUGCCUAGCAUACAUGAAGC